AUGACAGAACUCCAGGAAGUGCAGAUCACUGAAGAAAAGCCACUACUGCGAGCCCCAGGAGCACCUGAUCCUGGCAAGGAUGCUGAACUGAUAACAGACAAACUUCUACAGGAAUAUGGCCAGAAACACACAGUGGAGACACCUUAUGGGGUUGUGACCAUCACCAUCCAUGGAACACCCAAGCCCAAGCGUCCAGCCUUCCUCACCUAUCAUGAUGUGGGACAAAAUCAUAAUUCGUGCUUCGACACUCUCUUCCACUAUGAGGACAUGCAAGAGAUCAUAAAGAACUUCGUGGUGAUACAUGUGGACGCACCUGGCAUGGAGGAGGGGGCCCCGGCCUUCCCUCUGGGGUAUCAGUAUCCUUCUUUGGACCAGCUGGCUGACAUGAUCCCCUGCAUCUUGCAAUAUGUUAACUUCACCAGCAUCAUUGGAAUUGGAGUUGGAGCUGGAGCCUAUAUCUUGGCACGCUACACUCUCUCCCAUGCAGACACUGUGGAGGGAUUGGUUCUGAUCAACAUUGACCCCAAUGCCAAGGGCUGGAUGGAUUGGGCUGCUCAUAAGCUUACCGGCCUCACCUCUUCCAUUUCUGAGAUGAUCCUAGGACAUCUCUUCAGCCAGGAGGAACUUUCCAAGAACACUGAGUUGGUGCAACAACAGCGGGAUAUCCUGAGUCAUGCUACAAAUUUACCCAACAUUCAACUCUAUUGGAGCAGUUACAACAGCCGCAGAGAUUUAAGCUUGGAGCGUGGAGGGGAUAUCACAUUCAAAUGUCCUAUAAUGCUGGUGGUGGGAGACCAGGCUCCACAUGAAGAUGCUGUGGUGGAGUGCAAUUCCAAACUGGAUCCCACCCAGACCUCUUUCCUCAAGAUGGCUGAUUCAGGAGGACAACCACAGCUGACACAGCCUGGGAAACUGACAGAGGCAUUCAAAUACUUUGUGCAAGGAAUGGGUUACAUCCCUCAUGUACUGGACAAGAAACUGAGUCAGGGUGGCUUCGUCCUGCAUGACGCGCCUGUCUCGCUCCCGCACCGCCUCUCUGUCCAGCGCCACCUCGGGGGACGGGAAUCGUUCCCGAUCUCGCACCCUGUCCCAGAGCAGCGAGGCAGGAGCCCCCCAGCCACCUGUCCCCACCAUGGAGGUGUUCUGCUGAGCUCCGGGCCAGGGGAUGAGACCGCCUCCCACCUCUGAACAGGACUCCUUCUGCUAUCCCACAAUGCACUCCGGCCACUGGGCCAGGUGACGAUCUCCCCUAACGGUACUAAAAGUCCAAGGAGGCCCAGAUGGGAUGCAACUUUACUCUUUUUAAAAC